UAGUAAAAAAUAAGUAUUGGAAUGGCUAAAUCAAUUAAACUUAUUCAUUGGAGACGUUGUGAACUCCUCUCGCUGACUGAUUUUUAUCCUAAUAUGCUUAAAAGAAAAAUGCAUGAUGUGAAUAUGGUUAAAACAGAAUGCAAAGGAGAGCCUUCGAUUGAUUUUAGUAAUUUUGAGCAAGCAUUUCGUGCAAAAACUACUGGGGAAAUAAUAAAAGCCAUAAUAGUUUACAAGUUAUGUUCAAUAGACUUUUUGGUCAACAGAAAUAAAGAGCUUAUGUCUAUUUCUCGGAAAAUCUUUGGUAAAAAAGGUUUUGAUUACAUAAUGAAAAGUUCUUUCUACGGUCAUUUUGUUGCAGGGGAAUCACAAGAAGAUAUUAAGUCAAAAUUGGAACUUAUGAAAAAGUUUGGAGUUGGUGCAAUUCUUGAUUAUGCUGUUGAAUCUGAUAUUCCACAAAAAGAACCAACACCACCUUUAAAGACACUAGAAAAAAUAGAUGAGCUACAAUUUGACAUAGCUGACGUAGAAAAGAAGUUUAAACGAUAUCAACAAUUAGUUGACCGACGUCAGCGUGUAGUAAGUGCUCGAACAUAUUUUUAUGAAGGUGAAGAAAAAUGUGAUGAGAACAUGGAGGUUUUUAUUAAAUGCAUUGAUAAAACCGGAGAAACUUCUACUAAUGGAUUUGCAGCAAUAAAAGUUACUGCUUUGGGUCGACCUUUAAUGCUGCUUCGCUUGUCACAAAUUUUAAACCAAACAAAAUAUUACUUUGAUGUGAUUGCUGCAGAAAAUCAAAAUAUUCUCUCAGAAAAAGCAAUUGCUGAACAAUAUUUCCUUCAAGGGCUUCACAAACUUGGGGUUUCAAUGACCCCAGAAGAAGCAAAAAAAAUUUUUAAAAUUAUUGACACAAAUAACAAUGGUGGAAUUGACAUUAUUGAAUGGAAGAAUUUUUUAACUCCUCAACUCCAGUUAUCAAAGAUCUUUCGUGCCAAACCUACAGCAGAGGGUAAAAGUGGUAAUGAUGGUUUUAUUUAUUUGAGUAGUCCUGAGGUUAAAGAAAUGGAGAAAAUGCAAGAUCGCCUUCACUGCAUAGUUGAGAGAGCAAAAGAAAAAAAUGUUCGACUAAUGGUUGAUGCUGAACAAACGUACUUUCAACCUGCAAUUUCUCAUAUGACACUUGAAGCCAUGCGCAAUUUCAACAAAGAUUCUGCAAUAAUUUUUAACACUUAUCAGUGUUAUUUGAAGGAUACCAUUCCUACUCUUUGUCUUGAUAUGGAACUUUCACGUCGUGAAGGAUUCUAUUUUGCUGCAAAAGUUGUCAGAGGAGCAUAUAUGGAACAAGAAAGGUUUAGAGCACAUAGUGUUGGUUAUAGCGAUCCUAUUCAUGUGUCUUAUGAAGCUACUAACGAAAGUUAUAACAAUGUUUUGUCGUUGUUGCUAGAGGAAGUUCGAGAUAGAAAAGCAAACAUUAUGGUUGCUACUCAUAACGAAGCUUCUGUACUUCAUGCCAUCAAUACAAUGAAAAAAUUUGGCAUAAAACCAGAUGAUAAAACUGUUUUUUUCGGACAACUUUUAGGAAUGUGCGACGUUAUUACCUACGCAUUAGGUAGUGCGGGUUAUGCUGCCUAUAAAUACGUACCUUAUGGACCAGUCGAGGAUGUGAUGCCGUACUUGUCUCGUCGUGCAAUGGAAAAUCGUAGUCUAAUGAAAGGCGUCAUAAAAGAAAGAAGUAUGCUUUGGUCAGAACUUGGCCGAAGAUUUAGAAAUGGUGCCCUGUGGCAUAAUCCAAGUUUAAUUGCUAACUUAAAAUAAUUAUUAUCAAGUUGUUUAUAUUAUAUCUUUAAUCAUGUUUCCGUUAAAACAAAAACUGCUUUUAUGGAGGAUUGCGCGGUUUUUUUUCAUCCAUGAAAACUUUUUUAAUUUAAAAUCUUAUGUAGUUAUAAAAAUGUUUUUUUAUAUUUUCUUUUUAUAUUAGAGUUAAUUAAUUUAUUUCGAAAGUUUUUUUAUU